AUGUUGGGCACUAUUCUUGCAUUCGUGGCGCUGUUAGCCUUCUAUCUCAUCGGCAGCGCCAUCUACAACGUCACUCUCCAUCCGCUGGCCGAUGUGCCCGGCCCCAAGAUCUGCGCCAUUACUCGAAUUCCAUACUGGCUUGUCGCAUUGAAAGGUGAAGAUAUAGAAUGGAUGAAGAGCUUACAUGAAGCUUAUGGCCCUGUCGUUCGUUUCGGCCCUACGGACCUAAGUUACACGGCCGGAGAGGCCUGGAAUGAUAUCCAUGGGCCCAAGGUGACUGAAAAAGCCCAAGAGUUCUCAGUUCAGCCUGUGAAUGGCGUCCCAAGUAUGCUUACGGCGAACACCGAAGAUCAUGCUCGAGUCCGUCGCCUCUUCUCACCUGCCUUCUCGGAACGUGCGCUGAGACAACAAGAGCCGCUGUUCCGGAAGUACGUGGACCUUCUGAUGUAUAAGAUCAGCGAGAUUGGCGAGGAAGGAAAAAAGGCCGUGGAAAUGACCCAACUGCUCAACUUCGCAACAUUCGACGUCAUGGCCGAACUUUGCUUUGGCCAGCCCCUUGGCCUGCUGGCGAAGAACGAAUACAGCCCCUGGGUCAGAUCAAUCUUUGAGUCGCUCAAGAUGUUGCCCAUCGUCUCUAUCAUCAACUACUACCCCAUCCUAACCACCAUAUUUAACCGCUUCGAGCCAAAGUCUGUCGUGGAGCAGCGUGUCACUCACUGCAAGCAUUCAGAGGAUCGUGUGAACCAGCGGUUGCAGGAUGGCUCUGACCAGCCGGAUGUCUGGAACCUCGUUUUGGCGGCGAAGGAGGGCAAAGGCCUGUCUCUCGAAGAGAUGCAUUCGAACUCGGAAAUUUUCAUGCUUGCUGGAUCGGAAACGACAGCUACACUUCUUAGCGGUUGUCUUUACAAUCUGCUCACCUACCCCGAUAAAAUGGAUACCCUUCUUGAAGAAAUUCGAGGCAAUUUCACAAAGCUGGAUGACCUCACGUUCGAACGUCUUCAAGAGCUGAAGUACAUGAAUGCCUGCCUGAAGGAGGCGCUGCGCGUUUAUCCCCCGGUGCCGAUCGGAAGUCCCAGAGUGGUGCUCCCAGGUGGACAACAGAUUCUUGGCAAAUGGGUGCCUGCUGACACGCGCGUGUCUGUCCACCACUGGUCGACGUACAAAUCCGAGUCCAACUUCAAGAACGCCGACACUUUUACGCCAGAGAGAUGGCUCAAGACGGACCCCACCUACGCCGGAGAUGCGCUGGAAGCUCACCAACCGUUCGGUUUCGGGCCGCGUAACUGCCUGGGCCAAAACAUGGCGAUGCACGAGAUGAGACUCAUUCUGGCUACUUUGCUCUUCUCAUACGACCUCGAGCUGUGUGAGGAAAGUCGGGACUGGAAGAACCAAAAGGCAUUUGCGCUCUGGAUCAAGAACCCAUUGAUGAUCCGCGUAAAACCAUUGGCAACACAAACUAGAUUGAAGAUUUGA